UCUACGUUGUCCAGGCCACUGAGCUGCGAACUGGGCCUCCAUGCAUCCCCCACUACUUAGGGCCCCUCGGCCGACUUCGGCUACAACCAGAUAUGUCUAUCCCCUCCAUCAUAGUCCCUUGGCCUGAUAAAAAUGAACGUCUUUUAAACAUGCCGAGUGAGGCUAAGAAUUAGGUAUAAUCUGGGCACGCUACCUAUUUUGACUCUCGCAAUUAUCACACCUCACUUGUCUUUUUGAGUUGACACGUCUAAGCCUCGACAACAUGUCCACGUUGGAAAAGGGCAGAGACCAGAACAUCUCUAUGGCAGAAAAAAUGGACUCCCGACCUCAUGGUGAUGAUGAUGCCAUCGAGAGCAACGAUCACAGUAACACGAGUAGCUCAGCAGAGCAGGCUGCCCGCGAUCCAGAGAAGGAAGAAUUGUCCAGAGAUGCUCAGAACGGUGUACAAAAGAUACAGGCAGCCACAUCAGUUUGGAGCAAGACUGCCCUUUAUUCGGCCUAUGGACUGUGAGCUCAUUCUCAUCUACCGACACGAACCGAAUUGAGACAAAACUCUGACACAGUGCAGGAUUUGGCUGGUGUAUUUUGUUGCCUCUCUUGAGGAAGUGGUGCUGAGGUCUUUGAAUCCCUAUGUCACCAGCUCAUUCUCUUUGCAUUCUUUGACCGCUGCGACCUAUAUCAUGUCCAACAUCAUCGGUGGUCUGGUCAAGAUUCCUACUGCCAAAAUCCUCGACAUGUGGGGCCGGCCUCAGGGCAUGGCACUCAUGCUUUUGAUCUGGGUGGUCGGAUACAUCAUGAUGGCAUCGUGCAGAAAUGUCCAGACCUACGCCGCCGCACAAGUCUUCUCCGUUACUGGAGCACAGGGUGUGAGCUAUGUCUUGACUGUCUUCAUCUCCGAUACCUCGAGUCUGAGAAACCGUACGCUCAUGCUCGCCUUUGCCACAUCCCCGUAUAUCGUCACAACAUGGCUUGGAGGCCCCAUCAGUCAGAGAGUGGUUGGUGGCCCGGGCUGGCGUUGGGGUUUCGGAAUUUUUGCCAUUGUUGUGCCUUCAGUCGUUCUGCCUCUGGUAUGCGUUUUCUUUCACUAUCAGAGGAAAGCCCAGAAAGCUGGCCUCAUCGAGAAGACCCACAUCCGUCUCACCCCCAAAAACAUCAAGAACUUCAUUAUCGAAGUGGAUUUGCUCGGUAUCCUCAUCCUGGCUUCCGGCAUGGCACUUUUCCUCCUCUCAUUCAGUCUAUACUCAUACCAAGCGCAGGAGUGGAGGUCACCGCUGAUCAUAUGCAUGCUCACAUUUGGUGGCUCACUUCUGGUCUUUUUCCCCUUCUACGAAAAAUACAUUGCGCCAAAGACCUUUAUUCCAUUUGAGCUGCUCAUGGACAGGACGGUUUUCUUUGCCGGCAUCAUGUUUAUCUGCGUGUUUUUCAACGCUAUGGUCUGGGGUAGCUACUUCUUCUCUAUGAUGCAGGUGGUAUGGGGCUUGAGCAUCACCAACGCCAGCUAUAUCAGCGCAAUCUACCGGGUCGGCUCGUGCCUGUGGGCCAUCGGGGUUGGUUUUUUCAUUCGGUGGACGGGGAGAUUCAAAAAACUUGCGUUGUACUUUGCAAUACCCUUGAUGAUGCUGGGAGUUGGUCUUAUGAUUCAUUUUCGGAGGCCCAACAACGACAUUGGUUAUAUUGUCAUGACCCAGAUCUUUGUUGCCUUUUCGGGCGGGACGAUUGUCCUUUGCGGCGAGUUGGCCAUGAUGGCUCCCUCGGAUCAUCAGCAUAUUGCUGUCAUCGUUGCGAUUCUAAACUUGUUUGGAAGCAUUGGGAGCGCGGCUGGAGGAACUGUGGCCACGGUAAUCUGGACCACCGUCUUUCCCAGGGAAUUGCGCAAGUGCAUGCCACCAGAAGUUGAUGUCAACAGGGUUUAUGGAUCGAUCAUUGCUCAGCUGUUCUACCGACCGGGGACCCCAGCACGAGACUGCAUCAACAAUGCCUAUGGUGAAGCACAGCGGUACAUGUUGAUCACCAGUCUAGCACUGCUUUCGGGUGCUCUGAUAUCGGUGGCAAUGUGGAGGGAUAUCGAAGUCAAGGAGAACAAGCAGGUCAAAGGCCGUGUGUUUUAGGUUAUUAUCAGAUCAGAUUAGAUUACGAGAUUAUCAUGGCCACGGUCAACAGCGUUUAAUAGUACAUUAGCAAAUUCCAUAUCUUUGAGAGCUAUGACCUUCGAAUCACACAUUUCUUGGUUGACUUUGCGC